AGUCAAUUCGUCCGAAGAUUGUCGAUUAAACACUAGUGAAAUAUUUUACUGAGUUCAGCACCAAUUUUGCAAUCAGAUUAGAGACAGUGUAUUUUUCUUGCCUACAAUUUUCUCUCAAUCAGUCAUUAAAUCGCGUAAUAAUAUCUAAUUGCGUGAGAAUUUUAACAUACUUUCCUCAAAGACUUUGUCAUUGACUGUGUGUGUAUGUGUGCAGUAAGAUUAGGAACAAUUAUCGAUUGCAUUAUAUAUUUUUGAGGACAUAGAUUUUUAAACUGAAUUGUGAAGAAGUUUUAUUGAAAUAAUGGAUAACCUGAAUUCAGGCUCACAAGAGUUAAAUGGAAAAAUUUCAGAAUGGAUGCAAUGGGAUAAGAAUGAAGCAACUUUGGAGGAGAUUAGGAAAUUAGUGAAUGAUUCCGAAUGGGAAAAGUUAAAAUUGCUCUUGUUAACUCGACUCUCAUUUGGUACGGCUGGUUUACGUGGAGCCAUGAGAGCCGGAUUCAAUGGCAUGAAUGAACUUGUGGUACUUCAAACAGCCCAAGGGUUGCUUAAGUACGUUCAGAAGUGCUAUCCGAAUGUUGAAGAUCAAAAACGUGGGGUGGUUUUUGGUUAUGAUGGAAGAUACCAAAGUAAACGAUUUGCUGAGAUAUCAGCAUCAAUUUUUCUGCAUGCUGAUAUACCUGUAUACCUCUAUGGGAAGACUGUAGCUACCCCAAUGGUACCUUUUGCGGUGCUAGAGAAAAAAUGCCUAGCUGGUGUUAUGGUAACAGCUUCACAUAAUCCCAAAAAUGACAAUGGUUAUAAGGUUUACUGGACAAAUAGUGCCCAAAUUAUUUCGCCCCAUGACAAAGGGAUACAGGAGAGUAUCCUGCAAAAUCUCAUUCCGUGGCCGACAAGCUGGAAUGUGGAUAAGCUCGAUUCUCCCCUACUUAGUGAUCCCUAUGAUGAAAUGGUACAGUUGUACUUUGAGAAGCUCUCAAGGGUAAUUCCCAAGAGUCUCGUUAAUGAUUGCAAUGCAAAGAGCAAAGUGCAAUUUGUCUAUACGGCAAUGCAUGGGGUUGGUUGGCCAUUUGUUGAACAAGGUUUUGCCACAGCUGGUCUCAAGCCUCCGCUGGCAGUUAAAGAACAACGGGAUCCUGACCCAGAAUUUCCCACAGUGCAAUUUCCCAAUCCCGAAGAGGGUAAAUCAAGCCUCGUUCUGUCCAUUAAACUUGCCAACGAAACCAAUUGCAAUGUCAUCUUGGCCAAUGAUCCAGAUGCCGAUAGAUUGGCCUGUGCCGAAAAAAAUCCUCAAACUGGAGAAUGGAAAGUUUUUACAGGGAAUGAACUUGGUGCCCUACUCGGAUGGUGGUCAAUUUUCUGCUACAGAAGAGAUCAUCCAAAAGCAAAUCUCAAUGAUUGCUACCUUCUAGCUAGUACUGUGAGUUCCAAGAUGCUCGCUGCUGUGGCAAAAAUUGAAGGACUGCAUUUCAUUGAAACCCUAACAGGGUUCAAAUGGAUGGGAAAUAAAUCUGUUGAACUGAUUGAAAAGGGCAAAACUGUCCUGUUUGCUUUUGAAGAGGCAAUUGGCUUUAUGUUUUCACCCACGGUCCUCGAUAAGGAUGGGGUUAGUGCAGCAUGUUAUCUGGCCACAAUGACUUGCUAUAUCAGACAAGAAGAAAAUAAAUCACUUACGGAGAAGUUGGAGGAUCUCUAUAGAACAUACGGGUUUCACUAUACCAUCACAUCUUACUUUCUUUGCUACGAUCCAGAAGUUAUUGUGAAGAUUUUUGAACGCAUUCGCAAUUUCACUGGAGAAAAUACAUAUCCUACAGCGGUUGUUGAUGGGAAGUACGAAGUAAAGCAUGUUAGGGAUUUAACAACUGGUUUUGAUACUUCUCAAUCGGAUGGAAAGGCUAUCUUUCCCGUUAGCAGGAGUUCACAAAUGAUUACGUUUACGUUUAAGAAUGGAACAGUGGUAACACUGAGGACAUCUGGAACUGAACCAAAAAUUAAAUAUUACGCUGAAAUGUGCGCUGAACCCAAUCAGAGUGACUGGAGUGGUUUGAAGAAGACACUCAGUGAGAUGGUAGAAGGUAUCGUCCUGGAACUGUUGCAACCAGCAAAAUACAAUUUAAUACCAAAACCAGAGUAAGAAACUCAGUGAUUUUAACUUUAACGCUGUCACAAUUUAUAAAACAAAAGUAAGAAACAUUUUUUUUUUAAUUUUGUUUUGUCUAUUUAAUUUAUAUUUCCUUUUCAAAGUUUUCAUUAAGUACAUUUUAUGGUUUUAAUAUUAUUUCUUUGUCUUUGCAAUAUUGCAUUUUUUACGGUUUUACAGUAACUGAAAAACAAUAAAUUGAUAUUCAAAUUUUCGGAAAUUGUGAUAAUACAAUAUUGAAGGUUUUGAAUUUAUGCAUUGUGACUUAAACAUUUUUUAGUUCAUUUUUUUUUUGUUUUAUUGAAGAAAUAUCUAAUUUUAUGAUAAUUUUUUUUUUGAAUAAUUUUACCGAUAUUAAUUUUGAUUGAAUUGUUAUUUUUUGGCUGAUUUUUUUUGGCGAUAUCUAAGACAUUAAUUGGAAUUAGUGUGAUGUUAGUGACCAAAAUUGUCCACAAAAGAAUAAUUUUAAAAUGAGAUGAAAAAAUAUUUAUUGAAAUUAAGAAAAAAGACAUUUAAACAUUCGUUGUGUGCGAAGAAAAACCAAUAAUCUUUAGCGUAUGUUAAGUGUAUUUGCUUACGUAGAUUGAAACCACAAAUUUUACCCCCUAUCGAAAAAGUACAUAAACCUCUAGCCCAGUGAGAAUACACAAAAGAAUAAAAUUGUGUUAAGCUAUUUAAAGUGUUUUCUGUGAAGAGGAAUAAAAUGAAGCUUAAAAAAAAUGAAAAAAA